AAAAAAGCGAGAACACAUUGCAGUACAACUUCACGGAGAAACAAAGAAAAUUACUUCAUGUCCACUCUAAAGAAGAACGGCUACCCAUGAAACUUUAUCAGAAGAUGCCUAUCCCGUACAACAUCAACUAAAACAUCACUGGCUUAAGUCAACAAGCGCAUCAUCCUAUCAUACAUGAAGAAUAGAUUAGAAAUUACAAGAUUAUUGAGACUACCUAGAAUUGGUGUGGUUCAUAAACCAACAAAUCCCCUCCAAACCCAACUAUACAGACCAAAGGAGACAAACCAAACAUCAUUUACAAAAUCAACUACAAUAACUGUAGUCAACAGUCUAUUCGACAAAGUGGUCGGCCUCUUCACCUUUGUCUACAUCAACACAAAUUGGCUAUUAAACGUCACACAUGACAUUUCAUCACUCAUUUCAAUGCAUCUGGAUAACAACUAUGGACAUGAAUUCAAUUUUGACAAUGUAGAAAUCAUGGAUGGGGAGAGGGAACAGGAAGAAUAUCAGAGAAUUCCUAGGAGCUUGGCAUUCACGUCAGUCAGUUAGUCCAGCAAUCAAUUGAUGUAUAAACACAGACCCAAUUUAUUAAUCAGUGAGUAAAAUGAUAAGCAACAUAAAAGUGAAAGGAGCAGCCAACAAAAAAAUCUAUACCAUCAGUCAGGAACACAACAAUCAAAGUAAACAACCAACCAUAAACCAGUUGGUUAGGGCAAGCUACGAAAUCACUUACAGAGAGAUAUUGACAGGUAGCUCACUUCAUACUGAAGUUAGUGCUGAUAAUGUUGUCUAGGAAGACGAUGAAAGCUCGACGACUAAACAACCUAGUUCAGAGAACACAAUACAAUCA